AUAUAUAUAAUAUAUAUCCUUAAUUUUGAGAUGGAUUCGAGAUUGAUUAAGCCCAGGGCUUCUCUGCCAAAAGCAUUGUUGCUGAAGGACUACUUGUUGGACGAUUUGAGCUCGUGCUCAUCCAACGGCUUCAAAUCGUUCCCCAGAAAGCAAUGCUGCACAACCAGCACCGUCCGUUUCUUAAUCGAAAUGGAACUCAAAAACAAGCAGCAGCCGCAGAGGAUAAAAACCCCGAGUUUCGACACAAGUCCGUCGUGCCUACUCAGGAAUCCGUCGAGAUCCGCUCUUUCCGCGCUCCAGAGCGUCAUCGCCGCCGUGAAACGCCUCCCCUUCGUCGGCGGCGGCGCGGAGAAGAAGAGGCUCCGGCAACCAAUUUUGCCGCGGAGCCUCUCAAUGAAAAUCCUCCGGAAAAGCGGUUUUUGGAAGAGGAAAUCGAAUCAGAAGGAGAUCCAACGGUGGAAAUCGUUCGAUCAGUUGCUGAAGGAGGACGCUCAUCCGUCUCAGCCGUCGGAUAUUGUUUCAUCAGAAUCAACGACGGCGAUUUCGAGAUGUAAUUCUUCUUCUCCGGUGAAUUUGAAUUUACCUGAGGUGAAAAACGACGUCGUUUCAAUGGAAUCAACCACCGGCACCGGCAGCAGUGACAGUAGUGCAAGCACCCACUCCUCUACUAAGCAACCGGAGCAAUGGUCGUCAGUUAACGAAGAGAAAGAACAGUUCAGUCCCGUGUCGGUGCUGGAUCGUCCUUUUGAAGAAGAUGACGACGAGGUUUCCUCUCCUUUCCAACACGAGCUUCCACGUACUCAAGGAACUAAGAACAAGGUGGUGGAAAAGAAUAUUCAGAGAUUUGGUUGCAUUGCUAAGCUUGAGCCGGUGAAUCUAGCUAAACGAUUCACAUUACUACCAAACUCGGAAAAUGAAUCCAAUUCGAAAGCUAUACCCGAUAUCCAAGAAGAAGAAGAAGACGAGGGGGAAAAAAUAGAAAAAAGGGUUUUGGUUUUACUUAACAAAAUGGGCCCGUUGCCAUCAAACGAGCUCAAAGUAAUUAAGGCGGACAAAUUGUUUUCGGAUUUUUUUAGAGAAAAAAUCAUGUCAAGAAACGUGCAAUGUUCGAACUCAUCAUUUGACGAGGAGUUGUUAGAAGAGGCGGAAAAUUGGGUCGAAGGAAGUAAGCCACGCGAGUUGUAUCUUGGAUGGGAAGUUCCGAAAAACCGGGAAGUUUACAUUAAAGACAUCGAAAAACGAGGGGAGUGGAAAUCGUUAUGUGAAGAAAAUAGAGAGGUGGCUUUGGAGUUGGAAGACGAGGUUUUUGCUGCUAUGUUGAAUGAGUUGUUGUUAGAUAUCUCAUCUUAAGGCAACUUAACUACAUUAGUGAAAUUACAUAUGGAUGGUUUGAAUAUUAUUUGGUGUGUUAAUAUGGAGAUAACUCGAGGUUGUUUUCGUCAUUCUGUCGCCCCCCCGUUGAAGAUGGCAAGAAUGACUAAAGCCACCUUGAGGGUGUUUUGGUUUUGUAUGGUUUGAACUUGUGAGAAUUGUUUUUGGGGAAUGGAUUUAAUUCUUCAUUUUUAUUCUCUAACUUAUGCCAUAUGUAACUUGAUCUUUUCAAUCUCAGUUUUACAAGCUUAUU